CGCCCCGCGGCUCCGGCUGCCGUUCGCUGCCUCCCGGGCCGUUGUAGCCGCCCGCCGAGGGGCCGUGGCCGCUCCGUUGCGCUCUCGCAGUGUCGCCGCAACCGGAAUCCUUGGUUGUGGUCUGAUCAGAGAAUCUGAAGGUCACCAUCAGUAUUUUCACUUUCAGUUCUGCGCUGCUUUCCCAGGAAGCUCUUCAUUGAGAGAAGCAGCUGAGUAGAAUUUCAGACACAGCAAUGGCAUCUGUUAUAAUGAGUUCAGUUCCUACCACUGCAUCUCGUUUUGCCUUACUACAACUGGAAAGUGAUACUGAUUCCAAGUCUGGAAAAGGCAGAAGUGGCCAUGGUGGUGGUAAAUCUCAAGAGUCAGAGGGUAGAUCUACUACGAAUGAGAAAAAAAGAGAGAAAAGGAGACGAAAGAAAGAACAGCAGCAGAGUGAAGCCAAUGAGCUCAGAAACCUUGCUUUUAAAAAGAUUCCUCAGAAAUCCUCCCAUGGAGGUUGUCUAUCACAGCAUGAACAAAAACUGCAUGCUACAGUGCAGAAGGACUCUCAGGAAGAAAACUGGCAAGAGUGGAGGCAAAGAGAUGAACAGCUGACAUCUGAAAUGUUUGAAGCUGAUCUUGAAAAAGCACUGCUGCUAAGCAAACUGGAAUAUGAAGAGCACAAAAUGGAAUAUGAAAACAUUGAAUGUACUCCACCUCACUCAAAGUCUGUGAAUAAGAAAGAAAAAAGAAAGAACCAGCAAGGAAAAGACAAACCUCACACUGUGUCCCUGAAAGAUUUUCAGCCAGAAAGUAGUAUAGAUAAUGUUGCUAAAAAACAUGAGGAACCAGUCUCUUCUCAGACUUUGAUGAAUGAUGGAAGAUUUUUCCAUAAGCUGGAAGAUGAUGUUCAAAAAAUAGUUGAAAGAGAAAAAAGGAGAGACCAGCUCAGUGAUUGCAAUGAAAUACAUAACUGCACAUGUCAUGAGUACAACCAGGAGAGUGUAACAGAACAACUAAAAUUUGAGCUUGAAAAGAAAGAUGCAGAAAUUCAGCAACUUAGAAAUAUAGUAACUCAGAGGGAGGUGAAAUAUAAAGAAGUAAAAGCAAGAAAUGCACAGCUUCUGAAGAUGCUGCAGGAAGGUGAAAUGAAAGAUAAAGCAGAAAAACUCCUACAGGUGGAUGAAUUGCAAGUCAUAAAAAAUGAAUUGACCUUACAAGUAACUACGCUUCAUGCUGCAUUAGAGCAAGAAAGGUCCAAAGUGAAGCUGCUGCAGGCAGAAUUAACAAAAUAUCAGAUGUUAAAGGCCUGUGUGCCUACUGGCAGAGUGUGGAAAAAAGAUGUGCUACCAAAGAGUGGGAAAAGAGGGAAAAAGCACUCAGAACCUGACCAGUACAGGUGAUCUCCUCUGCCACCAGAUUCAAUGCAAAAAAAAAAAAAAAAAAAAGUAAAUCUUUGUUCAGGGUUUUGCAUAAAUUUAUAUAUUUGUUGUACAACUGCUCAACUAUGCAGUUUUUGAAGAAAAAUUAAUAAAUACUAGUUUAAUUAACAUUCUGAAAACUUGAUUUGUUGUACUUUCUGCUAAAGAAAAGUGAGAGAACUAGUAUUCUGGCAAAGAUAAAACAUUAAUUGUAAUGCCAUUAGUUUUUCAUCAUUCAAUAAAACUCUUGUAUUUCUGUGUUUGAA